AUGAGCUACCCACACGGGAUGGGGGUCCGAACAUCUUCGACCACGGCUGUGCCUGCCGACGAUCACGUUCGCGGCUCAAAUGACCGAGUGAACUACCUGGACCAGCGUACUAUGCAACUCGACCGGUUCGGCGCAAGCUCCGAGGGAUCUCAGUACGACGCGGUCAACCACCUCUCGGCGUCCAAUAUUUUGAACCUUGCAGAACACGAGCGGCGUUUUCUCAAACGCAAGGAGAUGCAUGCCCUGGAGCAGACUUCAAUGGUGAGCUGGAUUCUCAUUCCACCGACCCAAUUUUUGGGUUGCUGA